AUGCGUGUUACAGUCUUCGCCUUCGCUGCUGUUCUGUCCUUGGCCUCCGCCACAAACAUCAACAUGCAUUGCAACUUCGCCGAGGACCACACUGGCAUGGUUCAGCAGCCCUACUGCUGCCGUGAUUUGGUGCCUGCACGGGGAAACAAUAAGGCAAACGAGGCAUUAGACUGCGAUGAACUGACGCAGCCUCAACUGUGCGACGAUGAGUCUCGACCGGCUUGUUGCUAUACUAUUGGCGCCAAGAAGAUCUGUACCUCCCAUGUUAUUUUCCAGAAUGCAGAAGAUAUUUAG